AUGUUGGAUAUUCCGUCAAAAACAGCUACUCUCGUCGAGUGUUACGCACGAGGCUUCUACGACUUGGAUACAACCAAUGCCAUGCUCAACUCCAUCUCGACGCACACGAUUGCAUUACAAUGGUUGUCAUGUGCCAAGCUCAUUUCAUACGCUCAAAGCAUGAAGCUUGCUCGGCUAGUGAACUGUGUCAAAGGGCCUGUCAGCUCUGACUGCAGUGAGAGCGACAGCGGCGACGGACUAUAUAAAAACAGCGCUCUCUUUCCAUCUCAAUCCAUGCCUAGCUCUACAUCCAGCUUUGGCGACUCCACUAUGCUGCUACCUCCUCCGCGAGAGCUGUCAAGAAUAUUGGCUCCGUGCUGUAAGUUGUGCUGCAAGAGUUUCCGUUUUCUAGGCGCCUCCCGUCGCGUUUGCCAGGCCUGCGAUCAAGACGUGUGUUCGCGGUGCAGUAUCAAGGAAACAUUGUGCCUAUUUUCAAGAACUAGACAACGUGCUCGAGAAAGCAAAAAGAAUUUCUGUAAACACUGUGUGGCCGGCGCCAUGCGCAGCAAAGCUGGUGCUUUGGUACGUGACGACUUUAUCGCGACUGCACCACCCACACAGCAUAGCUGGUAA